AUGCAGCCGACGGUUAUAUGCUUUUCUGGGAAAAGGAAGUCGGGAAAGGAUCAUAUAUGCUUUGAGCUCAAAAAAUUGUUCAAAGCCGAAGGUGCCAAAGUUGAAAUACGGUCCAUUAGUCACCCACUGAAAGAGCAGUAUGCUCGAAUGCAUAAUCUUAAUUUCAAGGAGCUGAUAAGUGAUGGCCUUUACAAGGAAAAUUAUCGCAAAGAAAUGAAUGCUUGGGGUGAAGGGGUCAGGAAUAAUGACCCUUCCUACUUUUGCAGUUUUAUUUUUAAAUUUCUGCGGGUAUGCUUUUUUUCCUCUAUUACUUUGCUGGUGGCUGAACACGCUUCUGAUAUUGACAUUCUGAUCGUCAGUGACUGUCGAAGGCCGACAGACAUUGAGUAUUUUCGGACUCAUUUCCAGAGGCUUGUUCGAGUUGUAACUGAUCUUUCAGUUCGUGAAUCACGCGGUUUCUCUUAUACCGCAGGAAUAGAUGAUAAAGACACUGAAUGUGCCUUGGACAGUUUUGAAGGAUGGGAUUAUAUUAUCGAAAAUAAUGAGAACUAUUCCGAGGAACUGUUUUGUUCAACUGCACUAUACGGACAACUGAAAAAACUGGUUUCUGAUAUCACUAGUGGUACGGAUUUGAAAAAAAAUGUUUUUGCCUAG